UUUUUAGAUGACUGCCCAAUAGGAGGUCGCGAUUGGAUACGUCAAGCAAAUAGGAAAAGCGGAGUCCAAUUGCUGGAGAGUUUUUGCUUUCUUCUGUCCAAUGGAAAGCUACUCUGGUAAAGUCCCUGUGCCACAGGAGCCGAGUUAGGCCAAACCCGGCGGCUGCUGCCUGUUCUUUUGAGUUUCGCUCAGGGGGGCAGUUAUUGCUUUGGCCUUUGUCCCCCUCGGGCUUUCCUUUCUGCCGCCUUCCCUUCUUAUCCUGUCCCCCAAGCCCGGUGGGCCUUCCGGCCGUUUCUACCCCCGCCCUGUGUGCCGUUUCCCUUAUUUGCCAGCCAGCGGUGCCUCCGGCACCGCCGCCCCCCCCCUCGCGGGGGCUCGGGCUCUGCUGGGGGAGGAGGGGGAUUAACGCCGCCGCAGCCGGACUCGCCUCCUUCUCCUCUCCCCAACACCAUAGGCGGCUCAGGCACCAAGAUGUCCAACCGAGUGCUCUGCCGGGAGGCCAGCCACGCCGGCAGCUGGUACACGGCCUCAGGACCUCAGCUGAGUGCGCAGCUAGAAGGUUGGCUUUCUCAAGUACAAUCUACAAAAAGACCUGCUAGAGCCAUUAUUGCACCACAUGCAGGUUACACAUACUGUGGGUCUUGUGCAGCUCAUGCUUAUAAACAAGUGGAUCCUUCAAUCACACGGAGAAUCUUCAUUCUUGGGCCCUCCCAUCAUGUGCCCCUUUCCCGAUGUGCACUUUCUAGUGUGGAUAUAUAUAGAACCCCACUAUAUGAUCUGCGAAUUGAUCAAAAGGUUUAUGCAGAUCUAUGGAAGACAGGAAUGUUUGAACGCAUGUCUCUGCAAACAGAUGAAGAUGAACACAGUAUUGAAAUGCAUUUGCCUUAUACUGCUAAAGCCAUGGAAAGCCAUAAGGAUGAGUUUACCAUCGUUCCUGUAUUGGUCGGGGCACUGAGUGAGACGAAAGAACAGGAAUUUGGAAAACUCUUCAGCAAAUAUUUAGCAGAUCCUUGUAAUCUUUUUGUGGUUUCCUCAGACUUCUGCCAUUGGGGCCAGCGGUUCAGAUACAGUUACUAUGAUGAGUCUCAAGGAGAGAUUUAUAGAUCCAUUGAACACCUAGAUAAAAUGGGUAUGAGCAUUAUAGAGCAGCUUGAUCCUGUGUCCUUUAGCAAUUACUUGAAGAAAUACCAUAAUACAAUAUGUGGAAGACAUCCCAUUGGUGUUUUACUAAAUGCUAUUACAGAGCUCCAGAAGAAUGGAAUGAACAUGAGCUUCUCAUUUUUGAAUUAUGCCCAGUCAAGCCAGUGUCGAAACUGGCAAGACAGCUCAGUGAGUUACGCAGCAGGAGCACUAAUGGUCCACUGAACCUCUGACUACUCAGGGAUGACACCUGCACACUAUGGGGUCCCAGCCUUGCCCUUACAAAGAUGCAGUUCCUGGUCUUUGGGUAUACUGAAACCUCAAACUAAUAGAACUCUUCUUUUUCUAGUAGGUGUAGUCCUUCCUUAGUUACAACUCAUUUUAAAAUGCUUUCUUGUUUAGGACAAGGGAAGGAAGGCUGGUGUCAAAAUGUUGUGACUUCUAAAAACCAGUGGCUAUAAAGGUAUGGUGCCAGACGGUCCUUACAAAUACAACAUGUAAAGCAUUUACCACAUCCCAGAUUUGCACUCUGCAGACCUGUGCACAUGUACUCUGCUUUCAGAAUAGUUUUGCAAGUUGUAAACAGAGAAGGGUGGAAGCUUUUUAAUAAAAAAAAUGCAUUUAUAAAAGAUCCUGUAAUAGAAUAUAAUAAAAUCCCAGUAUAGUCAAUUACUACCCGUGUUGUACAACAGAUAUCUUCUAUUUUAGUUGCUAAUAAAGGGCUGCACAAACCAAAA